AUGGCCAAGUUAACCCUCUCUGGGAGCAGCAACGAUGCCAGAACUUACACUGGCCCACCAAAUCUUGUCAAACCUACACCUGGUACCCAUCCUGUGCAGUAUGAUUAUGAAGGAGACAUUACGAUGUCCAACAGCAAGGAUCAAAAUGACUGCGUUUCUGAAAAUCACCAUUCUAGUGGCAAGAUCAAUCUAACUCAUCUACAUCUCAGACGUGCAGUAACCCUUCGUAGUGGGGAGAAUGGGGAGAACCCCUAUUCGAAGACGGCCCUGGGCGAAACAAUGCAUAUUAGUCGAAUAUUCGUGAGAAAAGAUGCCAUACGGUUCUUUCUACAGACAUGGGAAAGGACGACAGUUGCAUGGGCAUCACUACUCCAUGUGGCUACACUUCCCAGCAAUGUCCCUAUCACAGACUUCAAUGUAGUUUCGGCUGCUCAGACCAUUGAUAGUGUUAUAGCCGGUGGAACAGAGCUGCCCUCGAGAUUUGGUUACGUGCAAUUCUUCAACUUCGUGGAAUCAUUGAAAGGCAGAAUGCAGGUCGAAAAACACCUAGGUUUCGUGGAAUCAAGGUCGUCGGUAGGGAACGCUUCCCACGCCUACGAAAUAUAUCGCAUGGCUCAAACUGUGGCUUGUCCACUAGAACAAUUGCGCCACUGGAAGCGGAUAGGUGGUCGCCUGAAUCAACUUGCCGGCUCCGCUUUGCUCUUAAUCGUUUUCUCCGCCACAGCGGACUCAUUUGCGUAA